ACUUAAUACUUUGAAAAAGUUGAAAAAAGGGUGGUUCAAACAAAGCUGUCUUUGGGAGCUCCCAUACUGGAAAUCUCUCCAUCUUCGUAACAACCUUGACGUCAUGCACAUUGAGAAAAACUUUUUCGACCAACUAAUUCACACAAUUAUGGAUGUGAAAAAACAGACAUCAGACACUGUUGCAUCCAGAAAAGACAUUGCUAAAUUGUGUAAAAGGCCUCAACUUCAUGUUACCAAGGAUGCGAACGGAAAAGAAACUCCACCAAAAGCGCCUUUCGCACUGGACAUAGCCCAAAGGAAAGUAUUAUGCAACUGGGUGAGAGAUUUAAAAUUUCCAGAUGGUUAUGCGUCCGACUUAACAAGAUGUGUGGACAUGCAGUCCGGUAAGCUGCACAGUAUGAAAAGUCAUGACUGUCAUGUCUUCAUGGAAAGAUUGUUACCGAUAGCAUUAAAGGAGUUGCUCCCGGUUCAUGUGUGGAAAGCUGUUACUGAGAUCAGCCUCUUUUUUCGUGAUUUGUGUUGCUCCACCAUCACAGUAAGAGACAUGGAAAGAUUGGAAAAGAACAUAGCCGAGAUCAUUUGUAAACUUGAAAAGAUUUUCCCACCAUCAUUCUUCAAUUCCAUGGAACACUUACCGGUUCACCUUCCACGCGAAGCUAGGCUAUGUGGUCCCGUACAAUACCGUUGGAUGUAUCCCUUUGAAAGGUUCCUUAAUCAUUUAAAACGCAAAAUUGGUAACAAGGCUCGUGUGGAGGGUUCUAUUUGUAAUGCGUACUUGUGCGAAGAGAUUGCAAACUUCUGUUCCAACUAUUUUCAGCAAGGAGUGGAUACUAAGACACGAGAUUUAGGCCGUAAUGUCACUAAUGAAGUUGAUAGGAUGCUCGAUGAAAAUGUCCCAGAACUAUUUAGAGUUGAUUGUGGUCGGCCGUCAAACGCAGGUGGAAAACGAUUUUUAACUGAAGCAGAACUUCAACGUGCACACCUAUAUGUGUUAGCAAAUACAGGCAUCUUACAAGAAUUUGAAAAGGGUUUCGAGGACCACAUUCUUCAAAUUCGACCUACUUUACGUGCAGAAGAUGUGUGGGUGCAACAUGAAGCAGAAUACCUUGAUUGGUUUAGAUCGAAAGUUAUUCAAGACAAACCAAAUGAUGAUGUACUGUUUGCUUUAGCAAUGGGUCCUUCGACAUUAGUUCGCACUUGGAAUGGAUACUAUGUUAAUGGAUACAAUUUCCAAACACAAGGAUCAAGAAACACAAGUCCACCAUGAAUUAUGGAGUGUGUGUGUCUAAUGACGGAGGGAGUGAUUUCUUUGGGAUUCUAGAUGAUGUUAUAGAAUUGAAGUUUACUGGUGCACUUAGGCAAUAUAACACAAUUUUAUUCAAGUGCAAUUGGAUGGACAAUGUCAGGGGAAUGAACAUCGAUCAAUACAAGCUAGUUGAA